AUUAAGAAUUUUACUCGCAUCUUGGCGCAUGCUGUCUCACGGUGUUGUUCUAUGCUACGGACUUUGUUGAUGGUGUUUUUAAAUCGCCAAUUCGUCGUUGUUUGUUUAUAAAUCUUUCGCGAGUGUGGCACGGUGAUUGCACACGGUUUACGGCGAUGUUUUAGUGGUAUCCAGACAGUUUUUAAUGAGUGACAUCAAAUCCUUUUUAUGAUACCGUUCUUAUUCGAAAUUUUCAAAAAUGGCAACAGAAACCACCAAAUGGAGGGACAACAUAUUAAACCAGCUGCAAUUUAGGAACCGAAACGAGACGCAUUGCUUCCAGGACUUGAUAAAUCAACACAUACGAGUGUUCGAGACGGCUAACGUGCUCAGAAACGAAAACCUACAACUGUCGGUACAAAAUGAGAAACUUAAGUUCGAGGGACUCACCAAUACGGGCUCGGGCGGCGUCACCGACAGCCGUUUGCAGGAGAAAAUACAGCACUUGGAACAGAAGUUGUUGGCCCAGGCCGAAGAGCUGACCGAGCUGCACAGGAGGAAAGGGGAGAAUGCGCAACAAAUCAUAGAUCUGAACGCUAAAGUUCUUGAGAAAGACAAGCAGCUCGUCUCUAAAGAUGUCACGUUGGCUGAGAAUGCUGCUAAAAUUGCCAGCUUGAAGGCUGAAGUGUCUUUGUAUGAGAAGUCUAAUAAAGAAUUAAAAUACUUAAACGAUACUUUAAGAGAUGAACAUACAGCCUUACAAUUGGCCUUUACCGCCUUAGAAGAUAAACUUAGGAAAGUACAAGACGAGAACAGGGAAAUGGUCGAUAGGCUAAUCAAGUACAAAGCUAAGGACGCAGACCGAAUGAACGAGGAGAACGAUAACUUCCUGAACGAUGGUGCCAAACAUAUUUCAGCAGUGCUCAGCACGUUUGGUCUUUUCAGGAAGCGACACGCCAAAAUGCAGAAGGAGAUCGAGGAGGCGUGCCGCGACACCAGAGGCGUGUCGCCGGAGGAGAUACAGGAGGGAUUCGGUCCCGUUUGUCAGUCCACGCUACCCACGAAAGUCAACGUCAAAUUCGACGCACACGAAGGCGAAGUGAACGCGGUGAAGUGGAGUCCUGUGGACCGUAUAGUAGCUACCGGUGGUGCUGACCGAAAGGUCAAACUGUGGGACAUUUCCAAAGGAUCCUUUGAAAGUAAAGGGAUUCUGGUGGGAAGUAAUGCGGGUGUUAUGGCUGUAGAUUUCGAUCCUUCUGGUGCUUUAAUUUUGGGGGCUUCCAAUGACUAUGCUAGCAGGGUGUGGACGGUCGCUGAUCAGAGAUUAAGGCACACGCUGACGGGGCAUUCAGGCAAGGUGAUGGCGGCCAAGUUCCUGGGCGAAGCGACCAAAGUCGUCACCGGCAGUCACGACCGUACCCUCAAGAUAUGGGAUCUCAGGAGCAGGGCAUGCAUAGAGACGAAGUUUGCCGGCUCCAGCUGUAACGAUUUGGUCACCGUAGAUAGUUCCGGUUCAACAAUCAUCAGCGGCCACUUUGACAAGAGCAUCCGAUUUUGGGACACCCGCUCCGAAUCGAGUGCCAACAAUAUCGUGCUGAACGGAAAGGUUACGUCAGUGGACUUGACAAGGGAUGGAAAAUACCUCUUAUGCUGCGUCAGGGAUGAUACCUUGAAAUUACUCGACUUGCGGAUGAACCAAAUUGUCACAUCAUUUAGCUCCGAAGGAUUCAAAGUUGGUUGUGAUUGGUCUAGGGCGACGUUCAGUCCGGAUGGUCAAUAUGUGGCUGUGGGUUCUGCUGAUGGUGGCGUUUAUAUUUGGAAUGUUGUUAGUUCAAAAAAUGAGACGAUACUCAAAGAUCAUGGAUCUCAUGGCCUCUUCUCCAGGUCCGCGGUGACGGCUACUGGGUGGCAUCCAUACGGUACAUUCCUGGCCAGCGUCGACAGAUCCAAGAAGGCCAUCAUAUGGGGUGACAUGUGAACGCACGUGUGACAGCGACGUAACCGUACGGAAACACGAGGGACCCGGUUUGUCGCAUGCGUCGAACAAAUUGUUGCUGUGCUUUUUGUCUUUUCAUUUUUAAUUAAAAAAAACGUGCUUUUAAAUUAUACAGUUUGGAUGGUGCGAGGAUGUUUUUUACAUGGCUGUUACAUUUUUGUAUACUUUUUGUUUACUUCUGUAUGCUUCACUUAACGAAUUAACGUGGAACUAAUUAAUAUAAAUAAAUAAUCGAGUUUUGUUUUAUCAAAUCAACGACGUUAGCAAACCUUUCAUAGUCAAUGCAAUUUAUUUACGUAUUAUCUUAUAGACUUAACGUUGGAACAUCCUCAUUUAUAAGUAGUGUUAAAGUUAAAUUUUAUUUCAGUACUACGAGAGAUUAUAAAAAGGCAUCACAAUUCGACCAAAUUAUUAAAUUAAUUGUCUGAGAUUAUUUCUGAGCAACAAAUUUAUGUAUUUGUUAUUUCACUUAAGUUGUUUCACCUUUUAUUUUGUUAAUAAAAUAAAUAUAAACCUUGUACAUUGUCUUGCUUGUAAAUAGUAGUAAAUUGGACUGGUUUUAUUUUAUUUUAUAAUAAUAUCGUCAUAAGUAAACUGUGUUGUAAUUCUUAUUAUGGUAUUCAGAUUAAAUAAAAGCAAUAAAUUAUCGUUGGAACUUCCCUAGCAAUUUAUUUUAGCAAUCAACACCACAAUAAUAUUAAUAAUUGAAUUUUAAAAUACCCAAAUUGAAUAUUUCUGUAAAGGAACCCUUAAUUAAUAUUUAAAAGAAUUAUAACAUGGUUAAAAUUCUAAAUCACAGCUUUGUUUUUGAGUGUUUUUGUACAUAAUUCGAAUUUAUAAGUUUUAUUAUUUAGUAUCUUAAACUCAUGUAAAAAUUGUACUGCCUAUUUUUUAAUAAUUGGUUACUUCUAUUGUUAAUUUUGUAUAAGACUUAAUAUUUUUAUAUAGUGGAAUUGAAUUAAUAAUAUUAAGAGUCUCAGUGAAAUUUUAUUAUAAUCAUAACGUACCUUAAAAAUGUAUAAUAUAUAACUUAUAUUGAAAUUUGCUAUCUACAUUGUUUUUCAGAAAAAAAUGUUUUUAUAUAUGUCGAAUAAAGGUUUA